GUUUAGUUUACUUAGCGACGUCGCCAUAUUGUUUGUACACAAUGUCGGUUCGUCGCGUUUAAACAAAAAGACCGAACCGUUGUUGUCACUUGUAGCUGAUAAUUUAAAAUACACUACUUAGUUUUGUUUAACAGGAAACAUGUCUGCUAGGCAGAGCCGAAGUGCUCAUAGUGGGAAGGCAUUCUCCGCAAACAGAACGCCGGCUACACGGCAGGCUGGAUCAGGACAGGCAUACCCGGAGAUCAAACAAAGAGGAUUCUACUCUGAUAUUAUUGGAAAUGAUGUUGCAGCUGAGGGAAGAUUAGGGAAUGUAUUGAAUGGUCCUCCAACUGCGCAAGAUACCCUGUGGAAUGUUGCCAAAGAAAAACAUACUCCAAAAGUGACGUCAUUUGAAGCAAAGGUUCAAGUGCAAGAUGUCUUGAAGAAUCAGUCCUAUGGACCCACAACAGCCAUCACAGCAAUCUCAGACUUUCCAGUACAGGCAUCUGAACCCAAAGUGCAGCUACCCUUCUACACAAAGCCUGGAGAAUGCCCAAGAAAAAUUGAAAUUGAACGAAAGCGGAGGUUGUACGAUACACUAGAGCUGACAGACCUGUUUACACAGGAGAACAUCAAAACAGAACAGCUAAUGCCAAAGGAUGCCACAGGGGAACCUGUAGAAUUGAACAAGAACCCUGAAGAUCCAGCCCCUUUCCCCCCUUUCCUGCCCCUACACAUCUUUGACAAUGAUGAGUUUGAUUGCCGGACCCCGCAGGAGUGGAUCAACAUGGGGCUGGAGAAUGGGGUGCGCAAACCUGCCCCUGGACAGGCACUGCUCAUCAAGAAGGACUCGGAUCGAGAGUUGUCCCCAUCAGACCCCAAGGUUGUAUAUGACUGGUUUGAGGUUGGUGUGCUAGACUAUGACUUUGAGAGACAACUCUACCUGGUACAGAAGACCAACAAACAGCACAGGGUGGUGGAUACCACUGGCCAGCCUGUAGUGAAUGGUGGAUUGAGAGAAGAUGGAUCCAGAAUCAGUCUCCCUACCCAGUACUGGAUCCCCAGAGUGCGUCUCAUGUUCAAAGCGGAAGACCCACGGGUCUUUGCAAACCGGGUUGCGGAGGCAUUUAGACUGCGCAAACACACAGAGUCCUUGCUGCGAUACAACCUAUACAUUGACUGCAUGCCGAUGGAUGGUGUGGGGGAGCUGGACCAGGCCUCUCUCAAGAGAAUGGUGGAGUGGGCAAAGACAGCCCCGGGCCUCUCCAAAGACAAAGGUCUUGAAGAUGGCAUCCAAGCCCUUGAAAAGGAGGCCAACAUUGAUUUUUGUCGCUCCAUGAACCGCAUCAUCUUUGACAAGAUCAUAGAGCAGGACAACUCAACAUUUGCCUUUGUAUCUGUGCCUGCACCUGAUGAGAAGCCAGUCCCUUUUAAAGCGUGUUGCACAGACGUCCCUUCAUACGACUAUGACGCGGUGUAUGACGCUUUUGCCUUCAACUCGCUCCUCACACGUGUUGAGAGUAUCAAGGCCACGGGGCUGGUGGCCAUUGAGUGUAAUGAUGUGGCCAACAAGUGCCUCUACCACGUUCCUACCACCAAGCCUAUGAGGAUUGAAGAGUUUGAACAGACCCAGGCUCAGGUCACUUCACAGGUGUCACUGUUCCUGAAAGACUCGUGGAUCUCGACACUACGUGCGGCAAUCCGUACAAAGCUGAGAGAUGUGGGCAAGGGCUGGUUCAACAUCUAUGAGACCAACUAUGAGGUCUACCAGAUCUCAAAACUCAAGAAGUUCAUGGAGAUGGUGAAAUUCAUGAUGCAGGACUCGAUGCGGUUCCUGGUGCAGAACUCGCUGACCUCGUUCACUCAGAUGAUCCUGGACGCCUGCCACUCAACCAUGCCACUAGAGGACACCUUUGUCUGGGGCAAGGACGUCAUCAUCAGCAAGUUCAAGCCAAAGAGGAAUGCAUUGUUCCUGGUAGAUCUGCAGCUGGACAACCAGGGGGUUCACUACAGCACUAACCUCAAUAACUUUGAGACGAUGCUGGUCAGUCUGUUUGACAAGGGCAUACAGUCCACACAGAAUGUACCCCAGCUGGAAAAGCGUAUCCUGGAGAACAUAUUCCAGGCGGGAGAGCCUCUCCUGGAGUCUGUGGGAGAACACGAGCCCUACGUGGAGGAACUGAGGGAGAACAUCCGUCGGGCCAUACGCAAGGCACUCAUACCCAUGAAGGCGUAUGCACGCGAGUAUGAGAAAUACCUGGAGAUCAUGAACCUUGACAUCAAUGUCUACAUCAAGAACUAUGAGAGCCAGAAGCACACGGCGCUGGAGGUGAAACAGGAAGUGGAGAUGCACCUGAAGGAGAAAGAGGUCAUAGAGGCCACCAUUCCCAGCAACAUCACCAUUGGGCCCUUCUGGAUCAACACGGACUUCGUACGGCAAAACCUCUCCAAGAAGAGGAAGAAUCUCAGUAACGCAGUGCUGGAGUACUUUGCCAGGCAUCUCCGCAAGCAGGCUGACGAGGCCUGUGAGGAGUUCAAGGCCAUCAGCCGCAAGCUGUACGACAAGUGUAACUGUAUAGAGGAGCUCUCUGACAUGAGGGAGUGGAUGAAGAGCAUCCCAGAGAAACUCAAGGAGCACCAGGACCUUAUUGACCAUGCAAUGGAGGAUUAUGAACUGAUUGAAGAUUUCUACUACAACCUGUCAACUGAGGACUUCAACCUUAAGUGGACGGCCAUUGGGUGGCCCCACAAGAUCGAGGUCCAGAUGGAGCAGACGUACACACAGCUUACAGAGGACGAGGAGAGGUUCAGGAAACUGCAGACCUCGGACCAGGCUAACUUUAACGACCGUCUAGACACUCUACAGAUGGUGGUAGCUGGCAUGGCGGCCCACAGUGACAUCUCCAAGGCCCAUGAGAUAGCCAAUGAAGUGAGGAGGGUCACCAAGCAACUGAAGGAAGCUCAGGGAUUGGCUGGCACUUACAACAACAGGGAGCGAUUGUUUGGCAUGCCAGUCACAAACUACGACAAGCUGGGCAAGCUUGUGAAGGACUUUGAGCCAUUCAGGAACCUCUGGGUGACUGCAUCAGACUGGAUCAGGUGGCAUGAGUCGUGGAUGAACGACCCCCUGACCUCCAUCAACGCUGAGGAGCUGGAGAAGAACGUGAAUGAGGCAUACAAGAUCAUGCACAAGUCUGUGAAACUGUUCCAAGACAUUCCUAGUGUGCAGCUGAUUGCCCAGGAGGUGAAGGGCAAGAUUGAAGAGUUCAAGCCGUUCAUCCCUCUCAUUCAGGGCCUCAGGAACCCUGGCAUGAGGAGCAGGCAUUGGGACCAGCUGUCAGCAGAGCUCGGUUUCACAGUGGUCCCAAAGGCCAACUUGACUUUCAGCAAAUGUCUGGAAAUGAAUCUCAACGACCACAUCCAGACCAUCGCCAAAGUGGCUGAGGUGGCCGGCAAGGAGUACUCCAUUGAACAGGCCUUGGACAAGAUGGAGAGGGAGUGGGAGCCAGUGCAGUUUGAGAUCAUCUCCUACAAGGAGACAGGCACGUUCAUCCUGCGGUCCUCUGAAGACACGUCCCAGCUGCUGGACGACCACAUCGUCAUGACGCAGAGCAUGUCCUUCUCACCCUACAAGAAACCCUUUGAGGAGCGAAUCAACAACUGGGAGAACAAACUCACUACCACACAGGAUGUGUUGGAUGAGUGGUUGAACUGCCAGCGGGCAUGGCUCUAUCUGGAGCCUAUCUUCAGCUCAGAGGACAUCAACCGCCAGCUGCCGGUGGAGAGCAAGCGCUACGCCACCAUGGAGAGAAUGUGGCGCAAGAUCAUGAAGAACGCCAAGGAGAACCCACAGGUUAUCUCCCUUUGCCCUGACAACCGUCUCCUUGACAACCUGAAGGAGUGCAACAAGCUGCUGGAGCAGGUGCAGAAGGGGCUCAGUGAGUACCUUGAGACCAAGAGGAACGCCUUCCCAAGGUUUUACUUCCUGUCCGAUGACGAGCUGCUCGAGAUUCUUUCACAGACCAAGGAUCCCACCGCUGUCCAGCCACAUUUGAGAAAGUGCUUUGAAAACAUUGCCAAGCUGCGUUUCGAGGAGGACCUCCAGAUGUCUCGUAUGUACUCAGGUGAGGGAGAGGAGGUUGAGUUCCGGGGCAAGAAGCUCUACCCAACAGGUAACGUUGAGGACUGGAUGCUGGAGAUUGAGGCGAGCAUGAAGGAGAGUCUGCGAGUGAUCAUCAAGGAGAGCCUUGGAGACUAUAAGACGACUCCAAGGACUGCCUGGGUGUUGAAAUGGCCAGGCCAGGUCGUGCUGGCAGGUUGUUCCGCCUACUGGGCCACAGGGGUCACGGAAGCCCUGGAGAAGAAAAACCUCCCAGAAUUUUUCAAGACUACAAUCCUGCCCCAGCUGGACGACCUGAGGUCCCUGGUGAACCAGAAGAUCUCCAAGAUUGGUCGCAUGACGCUGUCUGCGCUGAUUGUAAUCGAGGUGCACGCUCGUGAUGUGAUCAUUAAGAUGCUGGAUAAUAACGUGGAAAAUGUCAACGAUUUUGAGUGGAUCAGUCAGCUGAGGUACUACUGGCACUCCGAAAACCUCUGGAUCCGAGCUGUGAAUGCAGAAUUCCCAUAUGGCUAUGAGUACCUAGGGAACACCAUGAGACUGGUCAUCACGCCGCUGACCGACAGGUGCUACCUCACCCUGACCGGUGCCCUGCAUCUCAAGUUUGGUGGCGCCCCUGCCGGGCCUGCAGGAACCGGAAAGACUGAAACUACAAAGGAUCUGGCAAAGGCUAUGGCCAUUCAGUGUGUGGUGUUCAACUGCUCCGACCAGCUGGACUUCAUGGCCAUGGGCAAGUUCUUCAAAGGCUUGGCCAGUGCUGGAGCAUGGGCUUGUUUUGACGAGUUCAAUCGUAUCGAUAUUGAGGUGUUGUCGGUGGUAGCCCAACAAAUUACCACCAUUCAGAAGGCCCAACAACAGCGGGUUGACAGGUUCGUGUUUGAGGGUGUGGAGCUGCCACUGAAGGCGUCCUGUGCCGUCUUCAUCACCAUGAACCCUGGCUAUGCAGGCAGAACUGAACUGCCGGACAACUUGAAGGCUCUGUUCCGUCCAGUGGCAAUGAUGGUGCCAGACUAUGCUCUUAUUGCUGAGAUCAGUUUGUUCUCGUUUGGCUUCUCCAAUGCAAAGAACCUCUCCAAGAAGAUUGUCUCAACUUUCAAGCUUUCCUCCGAGCAACUUAGCACACAGGACCACUAUGACUUUGGCAUGCGUGCUGUGAAGUCUGUCAUCUCAGCUGCUGGAAACCUCAAGAGACAGUUCAAUGACAUGGAUGAGGACCUGAUAGUAUUGAGGGCCAUUAGAGACGUCAAUGUGCCCAAGUUCCUUGUGGACGACUUGAAACUCUUUAAAGGCAUUGUAUCAGAUCUCUUCCCCAACAUCAAAGAGCAGCCCAUUGACUAUGGGACAUUGGAUGUUUCUCUCAGAAAGAGCUGUACCAAACUUGGGAUCAAGGAUGUGGAAGGCUUCAUCAACAAAUGCAUUCAGCUGUUUGAGACGACUGUUGUCCGUCACGGUCUUAUGUUGGUAGGCCCAACAGGAUCCGGCAAAACAAAGUGCUACGAGGUGCUGAAGGCGGCUCAGAGCGCGCUAGCAGGUCAGCCGUCCCCUGCAGGGUUCCUCUUCACACCCACCCACACCUACGUGCUCAACCCCAAGUCCAUCACCAUGGGCCAACUCUACGGAGAGUUUGAUGCUCUCACUCACGAAUGGACUGAUGGUAUUCUGUCUACCCUGAUCCGUCAAGGUGCGGGGGCCACUAAUGAGGACAAGCGUUGGUAUGUGUUUGAUGGCCCUGUGGAUGCUGUCUGGAUCGAGAGCAUGAACACUGUCCUCGAUGACAACAAAAAACUCUGCCUAAGCAGCGGUGAAAUCAUCAAACUGACCGAUCACAUGACGCUGAUGUUUGAGGUGGCAGACCUGGCUGUAGCCUCCCCGGCCACUGUCAGCCGCUGCGGCAUGGUGUAUCUGGAGCCCAGCUACAUCGGGCUCCCACCCUUCGUUGAGUGCUGGAUGAGGAACCUGCCCGACAACAUCGAGCCGUAUAGGGAACAGCUUCAGGGUCUCUUUGAAAAGUUUAUGGAGCCGGCUAUUGACUUUGUUCGUCGCAAUGUCAAGGAGAUAGUGGGAACAGUGGAUUGUAACCUUGUCUUCAGUCUUCUCAAGCUGUUAGAGUGCUUCUUCACCCCUUUCAUGCCAAAAGAGACAGUAAUUUUGAGUAGCAAUGAAGCCGAGGGUCAGGAUUCUCAAGCCUUUGGAGAGAAGCCAAUUCCUGCAGAGAGACUGGCCAGACUGGCAGAGCUGAUAGAGCCAUGGUUUAUCUUCUCUGUGGUCUGGUCUGUGGGCAUGACAGGCGAUCAUGAGAGCCAGAUCAAGUUCUCAAACUGGAUGAGGGAGAAAAUGAAGCAAGAAGGGUGCAAGUUGCUGUACCCCGAUGAAGGCACUGUGUACAACUACAAGCUGGAUGAUGCUGGCAUCAGCAGCUCAGACAGUGACGAGGUGCUUGAGGAUGAAGACAAGGUGGACAAAAAGGUGCGCUGGAUAGGCUGGAUGAGGGGCUGGAGGAGUUUGUCAUCCCUCCAUGAGACCAAGUUCUCCGACAUCAUCGUGCCUACCAUUGACACCAUCCGCAGCUCUCACCUCCUCGAGAUGCUGCUCACCAACAAGAAGACUGUAAGUUGUGUUGGCCCUACAGGAACGGGUAAAACCCUUACCAUCAGUGACAAACUGACACGCCAGAUGCCAAAGGAGUACAUUCCUGAGUUCAUUGUGUUCUCAGCCAAGACAAGCGCAAAUCAGACACAGGAUCUCAUUGAUGGAAAACUGGACAAGAGACGUAAGGGAGUGUUUGGUCCACCGCUCGGGAAAUACUUUGUGUUCUUCAUAGACGAUCUGAACAUGCCGGCCCUGGAGACAUAUGGAGCCCAGCCACCCAUAGAACUCAUCAGGCAGUAUAUGGACUUCAAGGGCUGGUAUGACAGGAAGGCCAUAGGUGAGUUCCGUAAGCUGGUAGACGUCAACUUUGUGUGCGCCAUGGGACCCCCAGGUGGAGGUCGUAACCCCACGACCGCACGUCUGCUACGCCACUACAACUUCCUGUCCUUCACAGAGAUGGAGAAUCCCAGUUUGAUGAACAUCUUCGGAUCCAUUCUCAAGUCUUGGACUGCACUGAAUGCCAGCCUGAACGCUUUCAAUGAUCAGUUGACCCAGACCACCAUCGAUGUGUACAACACUAUCAGUCAGCAACUGUUACCAACCCCGGCCAAGUCUCACUAUACGUUCAACCUGCGAGAUCUCUCCAAGGUCUUCCAGGGAAUACUGAUGGCAGAGCCGGGAAAAUUGGAUGGCCUGGCCUCAUUGCUACGCCUAUGGUACCAUGAGUCGUGCCGUGUGUUCCAAGACCGUCUGGUGAACGAUGAGGACCGCGACUGGUUUGACAAUCUCUGCAAGGAGAAGAUGAAGAAAGACUUCCAGGCCAGCGUCGAGGAAGUCAUCAACAAUGACUUAAUUCUCUAUGGGGACUUUCCUGUCGCUAAUGUUGAUAACAAGAUUUAUUCAGAGAUUACUGAUCAUGCAAAGUUACAAAAGACGUGUGAGGACCUUCUGGACGACUACAACCAGAUCAACACAGCCCAGAUGAACCUUGUGCUGUUCAUGGAUGCCCUCAAGCAUGUGACGCGUAUUGGGCGUGUGAUCCGACAGCCCCUGGGUAACGCCCUCCUGCUUGGCAUGGGGGGCUCUGGGCGACAGAGCUUGACCAGGCUGGCCGCACACAUAGCGGACUAUGAGUGUUUCCAGAUAGAGCUUGCCAAGAACUAUGGGUUCAAUGAGUGGCGUGAAGACCUGAAGAAGGUCAUGAUGAAGGCUGGCCUUGAGAACAACGCCACCGUCUUCUUGUUCAGCGACACACAGAUCAAGAGUGAAUCCUUCCUAGAGGACUUGAACAACAUUCUCAACGCGGGCGACGUGCCCAACAUCUACGCCCUUGAUGAGCAAGACUCCAUCUACUCGGCCAUGAAGCCCAUCUGCCAGGACGCUGGACUGGUGCCCACCAAGACAAACCUGUUCUCCAUGUACACCAAGAGGGUUCGCAGCAACCUACACACCGUCAUAACUAUGAGUCCACUGGGUGAGAUCUUCCGUGCCCGACUGCGUCAGUUCCCGGCCCUUGUGAACUGCUGCACCAUUGACUGGUUUUCUCCGUGGCCGGCAGAUGCCCUUAAAUCUGUGGCUCUCAAGUUCCUACAGGAUAUCCCAGAGUUGGACACCACCGAUGAAGUCAUGGAUGGAUUGGUGACAGUCUGCCAAGUCAUUCAUCAGUCAGUGGCAACCUCCUCUACCAAGUACCUGGCUGAGAUGAGUCGACACAACUACGUGACACCAACUAGCUAUCUGGAACUUCUUGGCAUAUUCUCCAAACUGGUGGGCAUGAAGAAAAUGGAGCUCAACACCAGCAGAAAUAGGCUCAAAACUGGUCUGGAAAAGCUAUUGACGACAGCCGAUGAAGUUGCAAAGCUGCAAGAGGAGCUUGCAACCAUGCGACCUCUAUUGGAGGAGGCAGUAAAGGAGUCGAUCACGACGAUGGAACAGAUCUCCAAGGAUACAGUGAUUGCCGAGGAGACCAAGUCUGUUGUGCUGAAGGAGGAGGAGGCGGCCACUGUGAAAGCCCAGGAGACCCAGGCCAUCGCUGAUGAUGCACAGAGGGACCUCAAUGAGGCACUGCCUGCACUGGAUGCGGCCGUGGCCAGUCUGAAGCUGCUGAACAAGAACGAUGUGGUUGAGGUACGCGCCAUGCAGCGGCCGCCAGACGGAGUCAAGAUGGUCAUUGAUUCUGUCUGCAUCAUGAAGGGCAUCAAGCCAAAGAAAGUCGCAGGAGAUAAGCCUGGACAAAAGCUAGAUGACUACUGGGAGCCCGGCAAGGCCCUCCUUCAGGACCCCGGUAAGUUCCUGGAGAGCCUGUUCAAGUUUGACAAGGACAACAUUCCCGACCCCGUCAUCAAGCUCAUCCAGCCGUACAUCGAUGAUGAGGCUUUCAAGCCAGAUGCCAUUCAAAAGGUCUCCAAAGCCUGCACAUCUAUCUGCAUGUGGGUGCGAGCCAUGCACAAGUACCACUUCGUUGCUAGAGGGGUUGCGCCCAAGAGAGAGCGCCUCCGAAUUGCAUCAGAAGAGCUUACUGAGACCCAGCGCAUUCUUGCCGCAGCGAAGGCACGCCUGGCGGAGGUUGUGGAGGGCCUUGCCACCCUGCAGGCCAAGUAUGAGGAUUGUGUGCGCAAGAAGGAGGAGCUGGAGAACAAGUGUGCCGAGUGUGAGGCCCGGCUUGUACGCGCUGAUAAGCUGAUUGGAGGCUUGGCAGAUGAGAAGGAGAGAUGGAAGAUUUCAGUUGAGCGACUUGAGAUUUUCAUCAACAAUUAUGUUGGGGAUGUAAUGGUUUCUGCUGGAUACGUGGCUUACCUGGGAACGUUCACUGGCAAGUACCGCCACGCAAUGCAAGAGGAGUGGAUCAAAGCCAUUGACUCAAACAAGGUGCCCCGGACAGAGGAGCCCACUCUCAUCUCCACCCUCAGUGACCCUGUGAAAGUCCGCGGGUGGCAGAUCCACGGGUUGCCCAAGGACAACCUCUCCGUGGAGAACGGAGUCAUUGUCCAGUUCUCGAGGCGCUGGCCUCUGUUCAUUGAUCCACAAGGACAGGCUAACAGAUGGGUGAAGAGUAUGGAGAAAGACAACGGUUUGGAUGUGAUCAAGCUGUCAGACAAGGACUUCCUGCGAAGUCUAGAGAACGCUGUGCGCUUCGGCAAGCCCUGCCUGUUGGAGAAUGUGCAAACAGAACUUGACCCCGCCCUUGAACCAAUCCUGCUCAGACAGACAUUCAAACAGCAAGGCAGUACAGUGAUCAAGCUGGGUGAUGCUGUAAUUCCGUACCAUGAUGACUUCAAGUUCUACAUCACCACCAAGCUUCCCAACCCCCACUACACACCUGAGGUCUCCACCAAGGUCACCAUUGUCAACUUCACACUGUCACCAAGUGGCCUUGAGGACCAGAUGUUGGGUGUUGCGGUUGCCGAGGAGAGGCCGGAUCUUGAGGAGGCUAAGAACCAGCUGAUUGUGAGCAACGCGAAGAUGAACGCCGAGCUUAAAGAGAUCGAGAACAAGAUCCUGUACCGCCUGUCCACCUCCGAGGGGAGCCCUGUGGAUGAUGUCGACUUGAUUAACACUCUCGAGCAGUCCAAGAUUAAGUCUAUGGAGAUUUCAGCCAAAGUGUUGGUAGCAGAGCAGACAGAGAAGUCUAUAGAUGUCACUCGUAGCCAGUACAUCCCGGUGGCUGUGAACACUCAGAUCCUGUUCUUCUGUGUGGCAGACAUGGCCAACGUUGACCCCAUGUACCAGUACUCCCUCGAGUGGUUCGUCAACAUCUUCCUUGGGGGCAUUAGUAAUGCGGAACGGGCUGACAACCUUGCCCAGCGUGUGGACAACAUCAAUCAGUACUUCACGUUCAGCCUCUACAGCAACGUGUGCCGCUCGCUGUUUGAGAAGCACAAGCUGCUCUUCGCCUUCCUGCUGUGUGCCCGAAUGAAGCAGCACAACAACCUCAUUGACAUGGAUGAGUGGCGUUUCCUGCUGGCUGGAGGCACCGUCAAGCCCAAGGAUCUCCCCAACCCGUCCCCAGACUGGAUCUCCACGCGCUCUUGGAACGAGAUCCUCACCUCUGCCUCACUGCCCAAGUUUGUAGACUUUGCUGAUGACUUCAAGAACCAUCUAGAGGGCUUCAAGAAAAUAUUUGAUAGUCCACAACCCCACAAGGAGGAUCUGCCGGGCAAGUGGAACGACCUGGACAAGUUCCAGAAGAUGAUAGUUCUCAAGUGUCUGCGUACAGACAAGAUCACUGAAGCCAUGCAGGACUAUGUGGCAGACAAUCUGGGCCAGAGAUUCAUUGAGCCACAGACUGCAGACCUCAACCUGGUGUACAAGGACUCCUCACCGACCACUCCGCUCAUCUUCGUGCUCUCCACUGGCACUGACCCCGCGGCUGACCUUUACAAGUUUGCUGAGGAGAUGAGGUUUGGCAAGAAGCUCUCAGCAAUAUCUCUCGGCCAGGGGCAGGGCCCACGAGCUGAGGCUAUGAUGAGGAGUGCGAUGGAGCGUGGCAAGUGGGUGUUCUUCCAGAACUGUCACCUGGCUCCCAGCUUCAUGCCUGCCCUGGAGAGGCUCAUCGAGCAGAUAGACCCAGAUAAGGUCCAUCGUGACUUCCGCCUCUGGCUGACCAGUAUGCCCAGCGAGAAGUUCCCGGUGUUCAUUCUGCAGAAUGGCUCCAAGAUGACCGUGGAGCCACCCAGGGGCUUGAAGGCCAACCUUCUCAAGUCCUACUCCAACUUCAAUGAUGACUUCUUCAACACCACUGGGGAAAAGGUCCACGAGUUCAAGCACCUCCUUCUGUCCCUGGCAUUCUUCCACGGUGUUGCGAUUGAAAGGAGGAAGUUCGGAGCCCUGGGUUUCAACAUUCCGUAUGAGUUUACGGACGGUGAUUUCCGAAUCUGUGUGAGCCAACUGAAGAUGUUCCUAACAGAAUACGACACCAUACCUUUCAAGGUGCUUGUCUACACGGCUGGUCACAUCAACUAUGGAGGCCGUGUGACUGACGACUGGGAUCGCAGAUGCAUGAUGGGAGUCCUCGAGGAUUUCUACACAAAUGACUCGCUCCUUGAGGAGCACAAGUAUUCCCCAUCAGGAAUCUAUCGCCAGAUACCGACCUCCAUGGACCAUAAUGGCUAUGUACAAUACGUGCGCAGUUUGCCCAUUAAUGACACACCAGAGAUAUUUGGUCUCCAUGACAACGCUAACAUCACGUUUGCCCAGAAUGAGGCUUUCAUGCAGUUGGAGGCGCUUGUUAAACUCCAGCCCAAGACAGCCACUGGUGGCGGGAAGUCCAGAGAAGAGAUUAUGGAGGAGACAGCAAAGAGGAUCCUGUCCCAGGUGCCUAAGCCCAUCGACAUUGAGAUGGUCAUGAAGAAGUACCCGGUUAUGUACGAACAGUCCAUGAACACUGUCCUCUCACAGGAGGUCAUCAGGUACAACCGACUGCUGCAGGUGGUCCAUAGGAGUCUCAACGACAUCUUGAAGGCUCUCAAGGGUCUUGUGGUGAUGUCCCAGGAGCUGGAGAACAUGUCCUUGUCGCUCUUCAACAACAUGGUGCCAGACAUGUGGGCAAAGAAGGCAUACCCGUCCCUGAAGCCCCUGGCCUCCUGGGUCCUGGAUCUGCUGGAGAGGAUGAAGUUCAUUCAGACCUGGAUCGACAAGGGACUCCCAGCCGUGUACUGGAUAUCUGGAUUCUUCUUCCCUCAAGCUUUCCUCACUGGAACACUGCAGAACUUUGCCCGACAGAAGGUCAUUUCCAUUGACACCAUCUCGUUUGGCUUUGAGGUGAUGCGUGAGAAGGCAGAGGAGCUGAAGGAAGGUCCCAAUGAUGGCUGCUACAUCAUGGGCCUGUUCGUGGAGGGGGCGCGCUGGGACCACGUGCACCACCAGCUCACAGAGUCGCGGCCGAAGGAGCUCUACACUGACCUGCCUGUGCUGUGGCUCAAACCUGAGGCUAACCGCAAGACGCCCACCACCGGCAUCUACGACUGCCCUUGCUACAAGACAUUGACACGCGCUGGAACCCUUUCCACAACUGGCCAUUCAACCAACUUCGUGUUUUCUGUGGAACUUCCUACCGAUAAAUCCCAGAAACACUGGAUAAAGCGCGGUGUAGCCUUACUGUGUGCCCUCAACUAUUAAAAGACUUUCCUGUUCGAAAAAACUUUUGUUAUUACUAUACUAAGUUUUGUAUUGUGCUAUUUUGUGUGAAAACCUUCCAGACAAAUAAGAACGUAUGCUUGCUUGUUUGGUGUUGAUGUGAAAUAUCACUGCUGGGAACUGUUAUUUUAUGCAAGUUUAAUUGUUGACAUUUGUGUAAACUUAAACAUUUACUUAUAUGAGCUGCAACAUGUUUGCAAGAUUUUUAUUUGUUAUGAUAUUAAUCAUUAUAUUGUACAGUACAUGUUUAAUUAUUAUUUUACAUGAACAAUUAAUGAACUGCUAACAUCGAAACUUUAUGUAUCUGCUGUUAAUAUAUUUAUAAAAUCUAUAGCUUAUAACGUGAAACAUAUGUUUCAUGUUUGUUAAUUUUGUACAACAUCAGUUGAGUUUAUGUUAUGCUUAACAUUUAAUGUGAUCUUCUAAUGAUAAAUUAUAUGAAGCAUUACCUUAUGUUUAUAGAGAUAGUAUUUAAAAAUGGCUUUGUACUUAUGAGGGUUUUUUGUUAUAAAAGUAUAUACUCUGCCAAUUAAUUUCACAAUAACUGCAAACGUGAACAAUUUUACAUAAAACUGGGCGUUUAUGAUAUGACAUCUUCAUAUUAUAUAAACUGGAAUGUUGUUGAUGUUGUUGUGGUAAGUAAACUGUUUACAGUUUGUAUUGUUUUGCAAACAGUAUUUGUGUUGGUAAAUACUAUCACUGUGAUAUAUAAAGCUUGUAUAGAAAGUAUAUUAUUUAUAAAUAUUGUUAUAAUGAAACAUUCCGUCCAAAUUUUCUAUUUAGCAUGAUAUUAACCCUUUGCAUGCUGGGAAAUUUGUCGUCUGCUAAAAUGUCGUCUGCUGAAUUUAUAAAAUUCGCAUUUUCUUCGAUUUUUUUCAAAGAAUACUAUUAGAAUAGCAAACAGUUUGGAUCCUGAUGAGACGCCACGUUCUGUGGCGUCUCAUCUGGAUCCAAACUGUUUGCAAAGGCCUUAAAAAUUCGGUUCCCGCAUUGUAAGCGUUAAACUGCACUGGUAAAUACUUUCUGUGAUUUGAAUAUUCACCAGGUUUGAUUAACAUGUAUGAAACAUUCUAUUAAAAAACUUUUAAAAGUUAAAAUGAAAUAUAAUAUGUUUUGAUAUUUAGUUAAAAUUUCACAGAUUUAUGCUGAUGGAGAAUGAAAUAAACUAGAAAAUAAAUAUACCAUCCUAAA